AUGGCUCAUUUCUUUAAAGAAAACAGUACCUGUGAUUCCUGCUACCGUUAUCUGGAAAGCCCUGUGUACUUGAACUGUGGAUACAUCUGCUGCCUCCGAUGCACUGCCUCACUAGAGAAAAGUCCUGAGGGGGAUGGAAUACUGUGCCCCAACUGUGAUGUUGUCACUCUGAAGGAAGACAUCGUGCCUUGUGAACUGUUAGAGUCCAUGGUUACCAAGAUCAAAACAUUAGAGCCGGUGAUGAAUCAGAUUCUAAAAAUGAACCCAAGGAUGAAGCUAUUUCAAGUGAACAUGACCUUGGAUGUAGACACAGCCCACAAACAACUCAUUAUCUCUGAUGACUUGAGGAAUGUCUACUUUGGGUCUAAGAAGCAGGACCGAAAAAAAAGUUCGAAGAGAUUCCGCAUCUCCACCUGCGUCCUAGGCUCCACAUGGUUUACUUCAGGACGCCAUUACUGGGAGGUAGUGGUGGGAACCAGCAAGGAAUGGGAUAUAGGCAUUUGCAAAGAGUCCGUUAAUAGAAAAGACCCGAUUAAACUGUCAGAUGAAGAAGGCUUCUGGACUGUGGGUGUGAGAGAUAGAGAGGUCUAUGCUGCCAGCACUGAGCCCUUGACUUUACUCACGGUGAACUCUCGGUUGCACAGAGUGGGAAUUUUUCUCGACCUACUAAUGAAGAGCGUUUCCUUUUGGGACCUUAGCGAUGGCUCCCAUAUCUAUACAUUCUUGAAUAUUUCUGACACAGGUCCAUUUCGACCAUUCUUUGCUCCAGCAAAUUCAUACCCAGAUGAUCAAGAAGAAACCCUUAGUAUCUGUCCUGUGAUGAAUCCAGGCAUUUUCAGGUGUCCAGUUAACCAUUAA